CGUACUGAGGGGAGAGCAGAUCUUCUCUUCUGUCGGAAUUCCUGCGUUUGUUUUCUGCACCAGAUUCCUUCAACCUUUCCUGAAGCUGUCACGAGAUCCAGUACGAGAUCCUCCUCGCGAAGAGGCUUUGGAGCUGUGUAGGGAGGCAUGGUGAAGCCCUAGCAGCACUAUAAGCACCAUGCAGACCGCCCAGGCCGUCAGGACGGUCCACAUCCACAAGAAUGGCGACAAGUUUCAGGACCCGAAGAAGUUCGUCGUCAACCAGCGUCAGUACCCGGACAUGGACACGUUCCUGGACGAGGUGACUAAGAAGAUGGGCCCGACGUCCCGCGGUCCCCUGCGGCGCAUCCACACGCCGAACACCGGCCACCAGGUGCAGGGUCUGCAGGACCUACAGACCGGGCAGCACUACGUCGCCGCCGGCAACGAGAGGUUCGAGAAGAUGAAGUACGUCAAAGGACAGAAAGCUGAGGCACCGCGGCAGGGGCAUCAUCAGGACGGGAAAGACGGACCCUGCAUCAUCCAUGUGUUCCGUAACGGGGACAGCCUGACCCCCGCGACCCUGGUGGUGUUCCGCAGAGGUCAGCCGCCCCAGCAGGUGUUCGCUCUGCUGCGCGCCAAGAUGAAGUUUGACGUCAAAAGUCUAUACGUGCUGACGGGCCGGCGUGUGGGGGACCUGUCCCGCCUGAAGCAUGGCGGGUAUUACGUCGCGGCCGGACCGGAACGGUUCAAGAAGGUGGAGUACCGCGUGGAGGAGGACGCCUUCACGCCCCGGAAACGGAACGGCGUCCUGCCUCCUCUGAAGAAAGAAGCUCCGGAACAGGUCACAACAACAAAAUGGCGGUCAGCUUCCAGGAAGGCCUUCAUCGCCACCAGCAUGGCCUGUACUGCAGGCUCCGCGCACAAGGCGCGGAAGCCCGAAGCCCUGAGCGAGGCUACAGACCGGUCCGUGCCGCCCGCGCGCCUGCGGCUGGAGUGGGUGUACGGGUACCGAGGCUACAAGUGCCGCAACAACGUCCACUACAACGCCGCCGGGGAGGUGGUGUACUUCACAGCCGCCGUCGGCAUCGUCUACAACCCCGACAAGCACACACAGAAGUUCUUCAUGGGGCACAACGACGACAUCAUCAGCCUAGCCCUGCACCCGGAGCGAACUCUCGUGGCUACUAGUCAGGUCGGGGACGGGUCGGGAAAGGUCGGGACGGUGCCGUACGUCUGUGUGUGGGACUCCAACACGACUCAGUCCGUAUCCAUACUGAAGGGCAUGCACGCGCUGGGCGCCAGGAUUCUCGCCUUCGACUUCACAGGAGAGCGUCUUGUAUCAGUCGGGGUGGGUCAGCAGCCGGAGGUCGUGGUCUGGAACUGGAACAAAGGACAAGUUCUGGCUAGAGACGUGGCAGUAAACAGGGUAUUUGAUGUGAAAUUUAACCCGUGGAAGCCUGAGCAGCUUGUCACGUGCGGGGUGGACCACCUGCAGUUCUGGACCGUGUCGCCAGAGGGAGGCAUGACGUCCGAGGAGGGCGACUUUACCGACAACAGCCGCAAGGUGGCGCUGUUGUCGGUGGCGUUCGGCUCGGGUGACGUGGUGUACAGCGGCACGGAGAAGGGGGAUGUGUACGUGUGGAGAGACGGGAAACUCAGCGCGCAGGAAAUCGUACAGAACGCGCACGAGAGUAAGGUUGUGUUUGUGGAGGCCCAGCUGACUGCAGAUCCACGAGGGCCUGCUAGGGUGCGUGGUUUCUCCACCGUGUCGUCUGACGGGACAAUCAACUUGUACGACGAGAAGUUCAGCCAGACCAACACCGUCAAACUCGGGGAGGGCGACAGGGACCUGUCCGUUUGCAGCCUGGCCUUCUCGCCGACCACCCAGACGGUCCUGGUCGGCACGACGACUAACGAGCUGCUGGAAGUGGACAUCUCUGAGCCUGAGGCGCCCCGCACCGUGCACGAGUUGGUCCAGGGGCACGGUCCGGGCGAACUGCGGGCGCUGGCUGUCCACCCGUCCGAACCCAGCUUCCUAACGGCCGGGGAGGACCACACCGUCAGGAUCUGGAGCAUGAAGGACCGAGCUCCCGUGCUGCGCCGCGAAGUGCAUGAUGGGACUGUCAUGGCGGCGGCGUACAGUCCGGACGGCUCGCACAUCGCGCUGGGCAUGAAGGACGGCAAGAUAGAAAUACUGUACAAGAGAGACAUGUCCCAGAAGACGGUGCACGUCACGUCCGACACCCUCGGCCAGGCGAUUUGCGACCUGAAGUACUCCCCGGACGGGCGGUACCUCGCCGCGGCGUCGCACGACGGUCGGGUCGCAGUCUUCGACCCCACCGCCAACUACGACAGCGUCCGGCAGUUUCCCGCAGGCAGCUAUCCCGUCAUGCACAUCGACUGGUCCACCGACAGCAGGUUCCUACAGACUAACGACGAGCAGGGAGAGAGGGUGGUUUACAAGAUGCCUGAAGGCAAGAUGGCGACGAAGCGUGACGACCUGACGGCGAUAGUGUGGGACACGUGGACAGGCGUGCUGGGGGACGAGGUGCAGGGCAUCUGGGCAAAGUACAGCGACCUCACGGACGUUAACACCGCAGACGUGAACUUUGACCACGGCGUCAUGGUAACGGGAGACGAUCAGGGAUUGGUCAAGCUCUUCAGGUUCCCCUGCAUCAGGAAAGGAGCAAAGUUCCGGAAGUAUGGUGGUCACGCGGACCACGUGACGAACGUGCGGUUCAGCUGCGAGGGGAGCCGCGUGGUUUCCAUCGGAGGGGCGGACAGCUCGGUCUUCCAGUGGAAACUACUGCCGCACAUACAGGGGUACGGCGAUGGGGCGGACCUCAGCGUUACAGACUACGUCUCGUCAGACGAGGAAGAGGCAGACUCUGACCUGUCGGACGCGGAUCUCGACAGUGACGUGGAACAGGAAGCGGAAGUGACGUACGACAGGCACGUGUCCAAGGAUGACGUCAAGAAGAGAAAGAAGAGCUUCAAAUACAUGACGUCAGGCGUGGAAAGGAACAAGCCGCCGUUUGAGAGCCUACAGCUCAAGUUUGUGCAUGGGUACCGGGCCCAGGACUGCCGGAAUAACCUGCACUACACGCGGAACGGCGAGGUGGUGUACCACGUGGCGGCGGUGGGGAUCGUGUACGAGCGGGACUCCCACAGUCAGAGGUUCUACCUGCAGCACACGGACGACAUCCUCUGUCUCUCCAAACACCCUACUGAUGACAUCUUCGCAACGGGACAGGUGGGGAAGGACCCAGCCAUCCAUGUGUGGGAGUCUGAAAACAUGGACAGCCUGGCUGUACUUCAGGGACAACACGCUAGGGGCGUCUGUGAGCUGGACUUCACCGCGGCCGGUACGAGACUAGCCAGUGUAGGGCUGGAUGACGACCACUCUAUCGUCAUCUGGGACUGGAAAACCGCCACGCCGCUGGCAAAAACCAAAGGUCACAAGGAUAAGAUAUUCGGUGUCCAGUGGAAUCCGUACGACAGCGCGCGGUUUGUCACCAUCGGCAUCAAACAUAUCAAGUUCUGGACCAUGUCAGGAAACAGCUUCACCUCCAAACGCGGGAUUUUCGGCUCGGCAGGUGAGAUCAACUCCAUGGUGAGCGUGGCUCACGGCGGAACACCUGAGGACGUCUUCACAGGUGCGCCGAGCGGCCAGGUGUACGUGUGGCGCGGAAACAACCUGGCCAGGACUGUCCAGGCGCACAGCGGCCCGUGCUUCUCCGUCAAGGUCGACGGACACGACAUCCUGACGGCCGGUAAGGACGGCGUGGUGUGUGUGUGGACCGAGGGGUUCUCCAAGUGCGUCAAGCGCUACACCAUCAACCGGCACUUCCUGCAGAACCCGCGGGCGGCGCUUCUGGAGGACAAGCCGCCGGUCCGCACGGUAUGCGCCGGGGAGGGGACCGUGUUGGUGGGGACCAAGAACGGAGAGGUGCUGGAACUGGACAGGGCGACCGGCAAGUUUGGCAUCCUUGCACAGGGCCACAUGGGCAGGCACCUAGAGAACGAGCUAUGGGGCCUCGCCGCGCACCCGUCCAAGCACGUGGUGGCGACGGUGAGCGACGACAGGACGCUCCGUCUGUGGGACGUGGCGGAUAACGUGAUGCUAGCGGCGCGGCGGCUGGACACCGGCGGGAGGUGCGCGGACUUCUCACCGGACGGGAGGAUGCUGGCGGUCGGGCUCAACAACGGAAGCUUCUUCGUUCUUAACCCUGAGACUUGGGAGAUCAAGACCAAGUUCCACCACCGGAAGGAGAAAAUAUCGGACAUCCGGUUUUCUCCAGACGGAAAGUACCUUGCGGUUGCCUCCCAUGAGAACCACGUGGACGUGUAUAACAUGGAGAAGGGGAAACGUGUUGGGAUCUGCAAGGGAGCGUCCAGUUACAUCACUCACAUCGACUGGGAGGGGACAGGACGUGUCCUGCAGGUAAACUCAGGUGCUCGGGAGCGGCUGUUCUUUGAGAUCCCGCGGUGCAAACACCUGCCCAUUCGCGAACCCGACAAGACGCUGCAGUGGUACACGUGGACAAGUGUGCUGGGUCCGCUGUCCAGUGGGGUGUGGCCGGCCGGAUGUGACGUCACAGACGUUAACGCCGUUUCCGCCUCCCACGACUGGAGCCUGCUGGCCGCUGCUGACGACUUCGGCUUCGUUAAACUCUUCAGGUUCCCCUGUGAUGGCGACUACGCCAAGUUCAAGAAGUACCUGGGGCACAGCAGUCACGUGACGAACGUGCGCUGGUCACAUGACGACACGCGGCUGGUGACGUCAGGCGGGAUGGACACGUCACUCAUGGUGUGGGUCCGCCGCCGCAGUGCACCACGGGACGGCGGCAGCUGCGACUCUGACGAUUCCGACACAGACAUGGAGGACGGGGAAGAUGAAGAAGAGGAGGAUGAUGAUGACGAUGAUGUUGUAGACGAGGUGGAAAAAUCCCGUGCGCUGUUCGCCAUGGCUGACGUGGACAGUGAUGGCACCGUGACGUCAUCCGAGCUGGCCAAGGCGCUAAGGAAGCUGGGAUACCGCCCCACCGAGGCCGACAUCCGGGACAUCCUGGCGGCGGCUGAUGACGAAGAGACAGAAGGAACCAAUGGCGACAGCGGGGUGGAUCCGGGCGAAAGCGACUCCCUGGACUUUGAAAGGUUCCACCGGGCGCUGACUACCUACAGGGACAGAUGGGAGAGGUGAAGAGACCGUUGGGAAGCGCCCUCUGCCGGAAAAGUACUGAAGUGCACAUGAUCCCCAGUAUCUGAGAGACUAGCCAUACUUGCACUAACUUUUAAAGUUUGAAUUGAUUUACGGUUUCAAAGCGCAGCUUUUAUAUGUGACUUGUCUGAAGAAAAUGUAUACUUGCUGUCAGUUUUGCACGCCAUGUUUUUACACAUUUUCUAAUCGUCAUCAAUUUGUAUGGAAAUCUUUAUGAAAAUGGGAGAUUAUGUUACGUUUUUACAUUGUAUACACAGAAAACCAGGCUGUCAAGCAUGCAAAAAGCACGAGAUUCAAGCCUUUGCUAUGAGUUGUCCACAU